AUUUUUGUUUGUAAGUGACAAAAAAGCAUCUAUAGAAGAAUGUAAACGCUUUGAAGAUACGUUUGAGAGCUUGAAUAUUAUCUAACAUAUAUAAGCGUUUAGAAAAAGGUCAAAUAUUAAAAUUAAGCACUCGUGUGCGGCAGGAAUGGAGCAGGAGGCCGAGGCUGUCGAAGCCGCUGAGGCUCUGGUCCUCUCAUCAGGUUGUUCCGAGGCAAUGCAAGCUGAGCUGCUGGACGAGUGCGAAGAACACUUUGAGAUUUUACAACAGCUUCAGAAUCGGAUCAUCUCAGCAGAUGAAGGGUCUGGUGAUGGAGAGUCAAAUGAGGCAAUGAAUCGUUUGAAUGCCAUCAUGACUGAGCUGGAACAGUGGCAAGAUAUGGAACCCAAAUUACUGUCAACAAACCCUGAAAUUUUACUGGCAAUUGGGAAAGAAGAGCUGCAACGACUCAACAGUCAGCUGAAGAUGGUCCUUUCCUGCUCACAAGCAAAGCGAGAUGCCCUGAAAGACCUUUUGCAAAGAGAGCAGGCAUGGCUUGAAGAGAAGAAGGAGGUACUAAAUGCAGUGACUGAACGAGUCGUAACGUUGCGUGAGGAAAAUGAGAACCUGUCAGAACACAGUAUUCUUCAGGACAUGAAGAGAAAAAUCACCAAGGUGAAGGAUUUUCACGGCACCCUCAUGGAGACGCUGAGCGACAUGUUAGCCGAGCAUUUUCCUCUCCCUGAUCAACAAGCACUUGGCACCAAGAAAAAGAAGGGUGCUGUUCCAGAUUAUGGAGCAAAUCUUAUUUCACUAAGUGAAAUCCUUGAGCAAUUAACAAACAAAACCCUGGAAACUCCUCACGAGCCCUACGUUACCAUUGAUGACUCCUUCUGGCCACCAUACCUAGAAAUGCUUCUUCGUAACGGAAUUGCAAUCAGACACCCAGAGGACUGCAAUAAAAUCCGUCUGGAAAGUUUUCAGUAAUUUGUUUCACUAAUGAGGUUUAAUUAGACGACCCAUCAUGAGAUAUAUAUGUACAGUCUUUUAUGCUCUUCUCCUUGUUUUAUUGUGUAUUUAGUAUGUAAUUUGGUAAAUAAAAUGGCUGAAAAUAUUA